GGCCCCUGGAGCACUCUCUCAAGGGAGCCCAUCCCAUCUGAGAAUGAAGUCGGUUUUGGUGCGUGGGGGCAGGCAAGUGGUGAGCUGCCCUCUAUCCUUGUACUGACUUGGGAAGAUCGGAAGAGGACGAGAUCCUUGUGUUGUGGUGUGCGAGUAGACGAGGUGAGGCAAGUGGUCACAACCAAGAACGUGAACCAUGGUCCAUGUCCUACGGCAAUAGUCAGGAGCUAGAUGAGCAGUAUCGUAACGUUUUCUGACCGUAUUCCCUUACAAAAUUAAAAUUAUCGACUUGACAACUAUCAAGUAUUCACUAUCUCAAUCCUUUUGCGUCCACGUGAGGGAUACGCAGUUGCUGCUUGCCUUGAUCAGCUCAACCUUUGCUAGGCCAUAGCUCGUACAGAGCCAGCCAAGGAGUACUAUUUUGUUGAUUCCAUUCAGAUGGCGAGGUGUAGGUGUUGGUUGCUGUUGAGAAUGAGGUGAGCUUCAUGGCUUUUCGGUUAGAGCGUGUGCCGUUGUCAUAAGUGAGGCGUCCAAAGAUCAUCCUCCUUGGUCUGGAGAGGAUGGGGAUCAUACCUUCUGUAAGGUGACAAGCAGUUGGAAGCAACUCACCGACCAGCAGCUACCUUGCUGUGCUUCACCUUUUCGCCGUCACAUGUGCAUUUUACCGGGCAUAAAAUGCCCUUUUCUUCACCUUGGAAACGUCACAAUUCAGACUUGUCAUUUUGGAGACAUCCAUGGAUCCAGCUCGGGUCAGCUCCAACGACAAAUGAUGGACCCUAAGUACAGGAUCCUGUGGCUUUCCACAAUUGGAAACACCCUAGAAACCCCAGCUUUCGGGCAUCCCAACUUCCAACGUUGGAUCGGUAUGGCCGAGACAUCGAAAGCAGCCAUGAUUCCAUGGUAUGACUUCGCCUCAAAGUCGCAUACAUACAUACAUAGAAGCCUGCACCUCUGUACAGCACACGAAUGUGCCUCUCCAGGUGUCAACUGUCCCUGGGCCUCCAGCCGCUGCCGUGCUUUCAGCACCAACGAACAAGAGUGACAUGAUGCCUGAAUCCAUCAGCUAUGCUUCGAAUCCCGUGUCGGGGAACCCCAAUAUCAAGAUGGCAUAGUGGAUCGCUGCCUAUCAUGCCUCUAAGCAGGUCCGUCGCCGUCACAUUGCAUGACUCUCAUCCGCUGCACGCGUCUAAAUACGGCUGUCUUUGAACUACUCACCUCGGUAUAUUCUGACACUAUACCACAACACAGUUUCUCGAAAAUCUCAUUCCAUUAUCAAUGUGCAACUGUCCAUGUAGGGUGAUGUGAUUACCCCACGAAAGCCGGCGUUGCAGCGGGCGCAAUACGUCCAAAGCUCUUUUUUGAAGGAGCCGUGUCUAAACUUGACUUCUCUAUCACGCUUGUCAGUGGCUCAGAAAUGGCACCAUUGACCGGACCCGUGAUUCACUGCGUGGCCUCCUGCUUGCUGGUAGGCAUGCUUUUGCUUUGCAUUGCAUCGUCCUGCCUAUUUGCCUUGCAUUAAGAGUGACGCAGUGCAUGUCGCGCUGUCAACUUCUGACUGAAGGGCACCAUGACGAAGUUGACAAGUUGAUUGCGACACCAGAUGCCGACCAAUGUGCCAUACGAGGCAGCCCAUGAUCAAAUUGAGCCGUUAGCGCAGCUAGGCCUAUAGACAGCACGCCCUCGAAAAUGGAUGCUGCUUCAUUAAUGCCUAUCAGCAAAGAGGGGCAGCUGUCCUGUUGUUUGUGGGACGGAACGCCAAGUGGGCUACGAGAUAAAGGGUUCCGGGGUAGAGGCUUACAACUCAUCAUAUCGUAAUACGAUUCGAGAGAGGCACGUCUGAUAACUACUACUUGGUAGUAUCUUAGGUUGCGAACCAGAACUACAAUCUGAUGAGCAUGUAUCGAAUACCUAAGCAACACCGUGUUCGGGUAAAUAUAUUUCCUAUUGUUCUGUGCCGCUGAUCGACGUGAGAACUUCCUGUCCUGUCGUCCGCUUGAGAAUGUCACUCCUGAAGUGUCGAGAGAAAGCGGAGGGGGUUCAUGCAUGACAUCGCUCAUUUAGGAGAGCCAGCCACGCCCCGAUAUUGCCUAGCACCACCAAUAACCACAACCGACGAAUCACCAAACCCAGUUCCUCUCACACAAACAUAUUCUUUUCGUUACCUAGCAACAAGGAGCCGAUUGCAUCUCUCCUCAUCAUGGACACACCUGUACGUAGUAGAGAGGGCCUCGUCCAGAGAUGCGGUUAGGAUCGGGUAUCAUCAUUUGAGACAACUCAUUUCAUUCCGAUUACGACCUAGCCAAAAGUUUAAUCAUCGCUUAACUCCAACAACAACCAGGUUUCUCGGACUUUGUUCAUAGUCAAACACCGUCUCGACCCACGCGUGACGGACGAGAUCGUCGUGUUCUUUCAGAAAUGUCCACCGGUCUGAUACAAUAAGGGAUUCGACUGCCAUCGCGCUGAAUGCCAUGAGGCUCCAGACAGCACAUAGCUCCUUUUUCCGAGGCAUAUACAAUGCCUCGUACCUCUCGAUCUCCUCGUCUGAGAUGUCGCCCAUUUUCUCCUGCAUCACGUCUGCAUACUGUUUGUACUCGUUGUUUGUCGUGAGCUUCUCCACCGCGCCGCGGACAUAGGACUUGAACGACCCAUAGCAACUUUUCCUGAGUGAUCCAAUGAUGACUGGAUUGGUGCUGAUGUCGAAGGGGCUCUCACUGUCAUCCUGGGUUGAGGCUGCAGUAUCCGCCUGUGAUUCUCCUUGGCUACCUGUAUGCCGCACUUUCUUCACCACGCCUCGAUCAAGGAACAUCUUUUGCAAGACUGCUCGGUAGAAAUGUCGAGAGAAGAAUCCAGCACUCUCCUUCUCGGUCCAAUUCUGCGGUGCUUGGCAAGCCAUCAUGCGGGCUGUGAUGUUCAAUCGCACGCCAUCUCCCUGAUAUGCAGAAAACUUCUGGCUCAUCGGGAAUCCCUGUGGGUCAUGCUUUUCUGAUUCCCGAACGAGCCGACCGUUGACAGCUUGGAGAGUCGGCCUCAAGAAAGCGUGCUUGUAUGUUGGAGGACCGAGUUUCUCGGUCAUCAGGUUGUAACAACACCCAACGAUGGCCACGGCUCGAAUGUCCGGGUUGAGGACCAGAGAGCGGAUUCCAAAGUGUGACAGAUUUCCGCAAGAAUGGAUUGACAUAGCCAUCAGGCUUAGGUCCUUCUUCUCGUCUUCAGUUUGACUCCCAGGGUUGAUUUGGGCAAUGACGUCGGCCAGGUCGCCAGUUUCCAGUCGACCUGAGAUGUACUGAACAGACCCCUUACCUUUUUCCACGGUAUAUUCGGCUUCGAGUUCUUUGACAGGUCUAAACUCAAAAGCUUCAUCUCCUGCAACCUCGCGAAUAGCCUUGGCCAAGGCCUCUGGGUCCUCUUGGCCAUCAGGCCCCCGCGCUUCUAAAAUCUUCGUCCAUAGCUUCUUGUUCCUCAUGACCUUUGGCUUAACGGCUAAUCCAGAAGACACGUCUAGACCUCUCGCUGCCGUGACGUUGUUCUCUCGUCCCUCGACAGCUACAACAUGCCUGUUAUAAGGCUCGCUUGCCAUGGCCCGGCCCAGAUAGUUUUGGCCGCUACCGAAGUCCACGUAGUGAGAUAUCUCAUAGCCGCACUGUGAACUGAUGUCUUCUGAUAGUCGGGCCAGGUAGUCCGCGAAGUUGGUGACUUCGUGAGUCUUUUUGACGUUCAUGCCCACAGCUACCGACCGUGGCAGAACCGGCAAUUUCUCUGAAGGGGGCGUAAAUGAUCGGCCAAGAGAAAGACUACGGACUGUUCGAAUGUAAUCUAUGAGGCUCGCUGGCGGCUGUUCUCCUUCCAGCUUUAGAUUGUCUAAAUCAUCCCGCAUGAGAAGGUCAAGAAACUCCAUGAGACUCCUUGAGAGGAUGAAUGCGUGCCAUUCUUUGGGAAUGGCAUAAUGAAAGAGACCAGGCUCGAUGGUGAAAAAGUCGAGGAUAUGGACCCCGCCGCAGAGAAUCUGAAAAGUCUCAGACGUUCGCACGAAUUUAAGAAGCUCAUCGAUAUAUUCCUCUGGCGAGGAGAAGUUGCCAUUGAAUGGCAGGGGAUUUUCUGGUAUCAUAUUGAAUGUUUGUAUGGGCUACCCUGUAGAGUUAUCAGCUGUGAUGGCCUGCGAGAUGAAGCAUGAUCAAUACGUACAAGUCCAAUAUAUCUGCCGUUUACUGUUCGAGUGUUGCCUUUAUAUGAAUAUUGACGUGGAAAGGCUGGCUAUCUGACAACGGUAGUAAAUCCCGUCGACCCA